UUAUACGAAAUGGGCUUCAUUCGCACGCUGCUUAUGAAGCUUGGGCUAGUCAAGACCAAAGUGGGGCUACUCAUCGUGGGCCUGAGCAACAGCGGCAAGUCGACAAUAGUCGCUCGUUUGACAAAGGAGCCGCUGGAGGAUGUGGCACCGACUGUCGGCUUCGCGGUGGAGACCACGAAAAUGGAGGGCCUGUCCGUCACCAUGUUCGACAUGUCGGGCAACCAAAAGUACUUCACUCUGUGGCAGCACUACUACAAAGACACCACGGCCAUCAUGUUUGUCCUGGACGCGGCCGACCCACAUCGCUUCGUCGAGGCGAACGCAGUGCUGCAAGAGCUAUUGAAGGCGGAGCAGCUCAAGCGCGUGCCGCUGCUGUUCAUGUGCAACAAGAUGGACCUGGUCAGCGCGGCACAGCCCGCGGCGGUGGCGGCGGCGCUGCACCUGCCCGCCAGCUCCGCCCGCGCCUUCCAGCUGCAGGCCUGCAGCGCCAUGCAGGGAAGCGGCAUCAAGGAGGGCAUGCAGUGGCUGCUGGAGCAGGUGUGAUAGCAGGUGUGAUAGCAGGUGUGAUGCCUGGAGCUGGAACGGGAGCUGGACCGGCUGCUGCUGCGGCGGCCGCGGCCGACGCUGGACGAUGCGUGCUCGGCCGCGGCAGCGGCAGCGGUCCGAACAAACAUAACCACACAAUCGGGCGUGGAGGGAAGUGGCAGCGGAAGCGGCCACAGCAACGGCGGCAGCUUGUUGCAGCAGCUGCGGCCGCGGUGAGCCACGGCGGGCGCGCAGUCGCCGCGCCGGGCUCCUGCUGCCCUGCUCCCGCACGUGUGCGGCACGCCUGCGAACACGCCCCAGCAGCGGCGCCGCUGCGGCUGCACCUGUGGCGCAGCGAAUGCCGGCACCUAGCGCUGGGCGCCCGGGGACUGGCUGCCGGCAGCUUACCGGGGUAUGGACGGUACCAACAACCGCGUCGCCCGCACCCGCGCACGCGCGCAUGCGCCCGCUGCUCGCGAGCCCCGGCACGGCUGCGCCACCUCACAACCGGCGCCAGCAGUACGCCCGGUCGCAGCUGGGAAAGGGGGGCCAGGCGGCAGGUGGCAGGUGGCAGGCUGCAGCGGGUGGGCAGGCACGCGUGUGGGCAGGUCCAGGCGACCGACCUACCCACCCCCGCACCCAACCCAGCACCCACCCCAUGCCGCGCUGCCGGGCCCAGCCGUGGCGGCAGCACACCUCGCAGAUGAGGGGAGCGGGGCUGGCUGACUGCUGGCGGCUUGCCUUCGCCCUGUGCCGUGCCCUGCCAGUGUCGUCUGUACCCGCGCAAGUGGCGGCGGACGUCGUGGUGUACACAAGUCACUGGUUCACCGCCUGCCGCAGCACCGAGGGUGGCGGCCAACCGCACUUGCCGCCACGGCCCCGGCCGUGUCACGAGUCUGGUAUGUGGGUGGUGAGGAUCUGUGGGGGCCUGACACGUGACGCCGCCGUGCGUCCUUUGGCCGUCAGGUGCUGUGGCAUUGCAUGGGGUGUGUUGACAUGGUGUUGAAGCGCGGGCUAAGAGGCAUGAGCGCGGUUUCUUUUCACGCGCCCUUGAAUGCUACUAUAGGAGGGGUACACGUGCUGGUGCAAAGGGGGAUUAUGGAGCCCGAGAACGCCGCCGGGUGAGGGGCAACGGAGGUAGGCUUGACGGCCGGCUUGGGUGUGCGAUGGGACAGUGGUAAGGCAGGUUGGCGAGGUCCCGUAGGGUGCAGCUGACGCCCAUACCCCAAGCAGACGGCAAAAAGUUUGCAGCGGCAGAGCAGAAGUGCAUGGCUGGUCGAACGCCGGCGUUACUGUAUCGACAAGUUGCUUGCUGGCUGGAAGUUUGCUGAUGCGCAUUCCUCACGCUCCGGCCGGCUUGGGAUGACAGAAGGAUCCAGUGCACUGCUGGCGUGUGCGCUGUAUUGCUGAGCUUUGUGCCAGGUAGAGUCAAGACACUUGAGUUAGACGAUGCGUAAAUAAUGGGGUUAAAAAGAAGAUGGGAAGAAUGCGGAUGUGCGGAGUGCGCUCCCACGACUCGUCAGUCAUUGGACACGCGACGUGCAAGUUUGAGUCCUGUGGACCCCCUUCUUGCCUCCUCAGUGCUGAUGAUACUCGUGCGUGAAAUUACGGUGGCUAAUCGCACACCGUGUAAGCAAGCAAGCAAGCAUAUACGUAUGUGCGUAUGUGUGUCAACGUAACGUUACUGUGACAAACUUU